AUGCCUCACGGCUUCGAAGACAUUGAGAGUGCGGAUGAAGAUGGCAUCAUCCACGAACCCGCGCAAGAAGACGCCGGCCCCGGAGCAUGUAACCAAAUCAAUGGAGAAUUGAAAGACAAGGUCGAUGACAAGGCCAACAGCGACGAGGAUGACGAAGAAAUUAAAGAAAAAGACGACGAGGAUGACGAAGACGAACAGAAGGACCAACCGGAAAAGGAGGCUCCAGAGGCUUCUCAAGACGCAGACGACGUUUCCGACGAUGACGCCGAAGGCGUCGCAAAAGGAGAAGAAGACCUCGACGAUGACAUGGACGAGGAGGAGGAAGAGCACUUCAUCGUCCAGACUAUCCGGAAACACAAAUUCGUUGAAGAUGCGGUGUACUAUUACAUCAAGUGGCAGGGCUAUCCUGAGAAGGACAAUACUUGGGAGCCGGAAGAACAUCUGAUACCACAUGCUCGGCAGCUCCUCGCGGAUUACCACGAGAAAAUCGGCGGCAUUCCCAAACCCCGGAUCAAGAAGACAAGAUCUAGGCGGGCCCUGCGUGAAGAACCGUCAUUCGAAGACCCCCAACCCAAGAAGCGUCAGAGGCGCGGUGAGGAUGCGAGCACCGCCGACGACUCCGAGGACCAGUGGCUGCCGGACACAGAAGACUGGGAGCCCUUGGUGGCCAAAGUCGAGACCAUCGAGUCCGAUGGAAAAGGCCAGUACAAUGCCUACCUCAAAUUCACGAAUGGCAAACGGACCAAAGUCAGCACGAAGCUGAUCCGCAGGCACUGUCCCAGGCCGCUGGUCGACUUCUACGAAGGACAUCUGAAGUUCACGUAA